CUUGUCGCAGCGGGGGAGCCACCGCACGAUGCCCCGAACGCCACCGUCCUCCUCCCACGGCGACUUCGUCGCCGCCCUCCACCGCUGCGCCACCCUCCCGCACCUCAAGCAGCUCCACGCCAACGCCGUCGUCACCGGCCGCGCCGCCGCGCAGCCCACCACCUUCCACCUCCUCCGGUUUGCCUCCCUCCGCCUCUCCUGCCUCCCCUACGCGCGCCGCCUCUUCGACGCCACGCCCAGCCCCAACAUCUUCCUCUAUUCCGCCAUGCUCUCCGCCUACGCCGCCGCCUCCUCCACCGCGCAAGAGCACGCCUGGGACUCCCUCGCGCUCUUCCUCCGCAUGCUCCGCCGCGGCCGCCCCGCGCCCAACCAGUUCGUCUACCCGCUUGUCCUCCGCGCCGCCUGCGCCAUGGAGAUCCAGCUGGUCAGGUCGAUCCAUUGCCGCUCCUGCAAGGAUGGGUUCUACGGGCACGAUGUUAUAAGUACCUCGCUCCUCGAUGGGUACUCGAGGUACGGGAUGAUGGGGGACGCGCGCAAGCUGUUCGAUGGUUUGACCGAGAGGAACGUGGUCUCCUGGACAGCGCUGGUGUCUGGGUAUGCAAGGGCAGGGAAGGCUGGGGACGCGAUAGUGUUGUUUGAACGGAUGCCUCAGAGGGAUGUGCCUGCGUGGAAUGCAAUCAUUGCUGGAUGCACACAAAACGGGUUGUUUGUGGAGGCAGUGGGGAUUUUCAAGAGGAUGGUGGAUGAGGGCUUCCGGCCAAAUGGCACCACCGUUUCUUGUUUGCUGUCUGCAUGCGGGCAUUUAGGAAUGCUGAAGAUCGGGAAGGUCCUCCAUGGUUAUGCGUGGAGGAGCUGUAUUGGUUUUGGUUCAUCUGUUGUAAAUGGGUUGAUCGAUAUGUAUGGUAAAUGUGGGAAUAUGAUGGAGGCAAAAUGGAUCUUUGAUGAGGUUUCUGAUAGGCGUUUGACCACAUGGAAUUCUCUGAUCAAUUGCCUUGCACUACAUGGGUGCAGUGAGAGUGCCAUUGCUAUGUUUAAUGCGAUGAGGAAUGAAGGGGUUCAACCUGACGAGGUUACUUUUGUUGGGCUGUUGAAUGCAUGCACCCAUGGAGGGUUUGUCGAUGAAGGCCUUAGAUACUUUGAACUGAUGUCUGAUGAGCAUGAAAUUGAGCCAGAGAUUGAGCAUUAUGGUUGUGUUGUAGAUCUUCUUUGUCGAGCAGGACGGUUUCAGGAUGCGAUGAAUUUUAUCAAUGAUAUGAAACUUGAACCAGACGAAGUCAUUUGGGGGUCAUUACUCAAUGCCUGUAGAAUACACAGACACCUAGAACUAGCUGAGCAUGCAAUAAGAAAGUUGUUGGAUUUGAAUCCAAAUAAUGCUAAUUAUGUAGUGAUGCUUGCAAAUUUAUACAGUGAAGGUGGUUUCUGGGAAGAGGUUAGGAAGGUAAGAAAGCUCAUGAAGGAGGAUGUUACAGGCAAGAAGCUGCCUGGUUGUAGCUGGAUUGAGGUUAAUCGCAGAACUCAUCGGUUUUACUCUGGUGAUGAUGGUCACCCAGAGUCUGAGGAUAUCUAUAGCACUCUUGAUGAGUUAGCUACCUCAAUGGAAAUUCAGGAUACAUUUGCAUAGAUUAAUAAUUCAUAUUCAGAAGUCAGCACCUUCUAAUUUGGUAAAUGACUGAACCUGUUGACUCAGGCAGCAUUAUGCUGGUAAUAUACAUGGUGGUUUCUGUUAAACACAUGCUUUGAGCUAUUUAUGGCAGUGGUAUUGCAUAUGCCAAUAAUGGGAUACACUUCGUCAGGCUUAUCCAUUGUAAUUCUGCUAUAUGUGCAUAUCCAUAAAAGCUGCUGCUGCCCAACAGUUAUAUUAUUGGUAUGGAUAUCACCUCUUUGCUGGUAUAUCAUGACUAAAUUUUGUUUUAUUGUCCAGUUUUAACAAAAUCUACACUCACUGGUAAUUUAUUGUCAAAUGUUGCAGUGCAUAUUCCUGUUCUUUUUUCUGCCUCUUGUGCAGGAGUACCAAAAGUAAAGGAGACAGAAGCUAAAGAACAAAUUAUAGAAAUUGCCUAUAAAUUCCCAUUUUAUCUGCUGUGUGGGUAAUUUUAUAUUAACUUAAUCUAUGGAUAUCCCUUGCAAAAUGUUUUCAUUAUCAAGUACUUUGGAUUUUUGAGCCUGGACUAUUGACAAGCAUUACAUUAACAGCUGGAAUAGCUAGUUGAGACUUGAGCUGGAUAUACUGAAGCUGGAAUCAGUUGCACACUGGUCUCUCAGGCAACACUGGAAAUGCCAUCUCAUUAUCUUGGAUGAUUGUAGCAGCAUGGUUCAAAGAAUAUGUUCUGCUCUGUCUUGCAGGCAGAAAACAUGGAGAAAUGAGAGCCUCACGUUGCCAUGUUGCAAUACCAGAGUUGCGGACAGUGCAAAGGGAGGUCAAAAAGAAUGGUGCAGAUUAUAGAAUAACCAUACAUAGUACAGUGAAAUGGUUCAGCAACACUCCAAGAAUAAAUUCCAGUGCGAUGCCUGACCAUAUAAAUUGCGAACCGUAUAUAUUACCCUGACCGUCCAAAAGAGGGCAAGCUUCAGUACCCCGAAUGUAGUGAGUUGAAAGAGACAUGUGAGACCUCCAAAAAGAAAAAUAUAAGCGACUGGAAAUGGCUGUUGUGCUGUAGCCACUAGCCAGCGAUAACUGAUAAGUGCAGUGAUGUCUCAGACAAUUUUUAGGGCUCCCAUUUUAUCGGGUUCUUAUUUUAGUGCUCCUUUCAGGAUUUCAAGGUGGAGUAGGAUUGGCUCCAUCCUUCAUGUUUACAGUUCAUAAUAGCACAGUACUAGCACAAAAGAAUCGCAUGCAUAUAUAGGGCUGGACCUUUGGAUGCGAUGAGAAGAUUCUGCACAGAUGGUCAUGGGAAGCAUCGAUGAGCGAUGGCAGUGGAUCGAAGAUUGGCCGAAUAUGCCGUGUGUUGGGCAGAAUUAUCCUUUGGACCUUCCAAAGAAGGGCGCAAGACUAUCAGGUCAGCACUAGGACAUCUUUGCCUCUAGAAUCUCUUUAGGCAAACAUUUUAUUUAUUUAUUUUAAAUCCCGGGAGGACUGCCAAUAUAUACACAUCCUUGUGCUUCGAGGACAUCUGUUUACCUGCGGUUUUCAUUUUUCAUUACAUUUUAUAGAGGUCGUUGAAAUGUAUCAGCCAAAGGUUUUUGCUUUUGUUUUUUUAUAAGCCAAAAUUUGAAUUUUCAACAUUAAAUUUUAAGUAGA